AUUUACCUCACCUACUAUAAAAGCCACUUAGUCCGAUUUCAUUUGGGUAGAGCAAACUCGACAGCCCUACACCAGUCCGGGUUACACAGCACAUCGGAGUUUUCGUACAUCAAAGCAUAACCAGUCAUUUCUGUUCCAACUUGCAAACCAAGGUCACCAUGGCAAAAGACCUGAACGAAAUCAGGAUCAAAAUAAAGACAUCAUAUGGAGAAAAGAUUUUCAUUUUCAAGAUGAACCGCCACUUUGAUGGAAAUGACCAAACAGUGAUGAAGACUAUAGCUGAAUGGAUCGCUAACAAUGCAGACAGCCCCGACUGGCUCCAAGGCCCUUUAUGGAUGAUUCUCAAUGUUCGGAUUGCUCACAUCACUCCAGGCCAUGCCCUCUGGAAUCUCUUGGAUCAGGACGCGCGGAGUAGCCCCACCAGGAACUACCUCAUGUGGGAUGGCCACGUCAAGUUCAAUGACACCAUCGUAGUUACUCACUUCGGACCCCUUGGUCUGGGGCAGGAAAAAAGAAUGAAAAAUGAAUUUAAUGAUUAUGAUCAAAAGUUUUGGAAUGACAUGCUUCGUAAUCUUGGCAUAAGGUCCCUUAGAGAUCUUGACAAGAAAUCAAAAAAGGAUAGGGAGGAAGAUGAAAAAGCAAUGAAAGAUCUGAUUGACAAACAAUACCUAAAGAUUAGACAAGAAAAGUGCGAUGCUAUUGAGAUCGCAAAGGCAGUGCUUCUUGAAGUAAUCAAAAGCAUAUUUGGGGCGCUGGAAGAAGGUGCUGAAGUCACUGCAAUGCUUGCCAAGUCAUUGGCUCCCACUGCUGCUAAACUGCUUCUUAAAGAGUUGACGCCCAUUGUACUAAAGCAGGUUGCAAAGGAGAUUGCGGCUAUUAGCGCGAAACAAGGUGGAAAGUCUUUUGCAAAGAAGAUUCCUGUUGCUGGGUUUUUUGUCGGCGUAGGACUCGGGGCAUGGAGGGUAGCCCAGGGAGACCCGGGAAGAGCAGCCAUGGAGGUGGCCUCUGGAGCUGCCUCUUGUGUACCUGGGCCCGGAACGGCAACGUCAGUUGCAUUAGAUGUUGCCAUUGCCGGCAUCGAUAUUGCAGAGGCCAUCGAGAAAUACAAUGCAAAGAGGGCUCUGUUUCUGAGACACACAAGUGAAUUGGAAAAAAUGUGGUCAGAGGUUGAUGAACUUGAAAAUGCGUACAGGCGCAUCACAGCUGCUUAUAAAGAGUUUGACUUCGGAGAAGAUGGAGAAAAAUUCAUUAAAGCCAUAAAAUAUAUCCCUUGGUAAAUUCAAAAUCAACGCCAGACAUACAUGUAUAUGAAUGGACCGAUUAUCAAAACUUUAUUUGGUCAUUGGUUGUAAAGUUGAGAAAUGACAGGUACUGUUCGCAUUUUUUUAUCAGAGUGAUCCAUGAAAGGUGACAAUGGCAUCAUAUGGCAGGGGCGUCCACUUAUUAAACUACAAACGGAUGGUGGCGCGUACAAGACCAUCGUAGGUUUGGAGCGAUACCAGCAUUAACUUUUUGAGUACAUGACUAUAUUAAACAUGGAGAUGUUGAUGUCUAUGAUCCUCGUCUUUAUGAUGUCAUUCAAAAGAUAUGUAUGUACGUAUAAUCGUGAUAUUAUUGUACAUUCAUGACUAGGGUGAUAGAUGCAGCAUUGAAUUAUUACGAAUGCCGAAAGAUGGACAGAUUCGCGGCAGGCAAUUUUCACGAGUAAAAACUAAAAAUAUCUCCAAAAAACUGCGUACCUCGUUCAUUCUUUGCAAACGUAUUGACCUCAAACACAUUUUGCAAACUAAUUAAAUGAGUUGAUUGUAACCACCGGCCUAUUCACCAACGGCCUAAUAUGACUUACUAGUAAUCGAAACAAGAGCUGCUGAAGCAUUU